AUGAGUAUCACUCACCAAAACGAUCUGCGCGAUCAAAACCUGAGUAAUGGCGUGGACUCGGAGUCGCGUCCGGUGGAUUGCGACGGCUUCCGCUGCUUCCAGGUCGCUGAACUUGCGCCCGACGCUUCGACACCAACAGGCAUGAAAGAGGAGCUGGUACUACUCGCGUGGCUGAUUGUGCUUAUGCGCACCCGAGAGGGUACCUUGCCUCGCUUUGAAUGGGCCUACAAGAGCCGCGAUGAAGAUACCAGCUUUAAAUCCGUUCACCACGAAUUACCCACCGAGACUCUGGUGCCCGGACUGGACAGCAGCGUUGAGCAAAUUAUGGCAGCUAUUUCACAACAAAUCAAAGCAGUGCUUCCGGCAGAACUGGAAACUGCGCCCAACUCGGUGUCACUCAUCUUGAGCUCUGGUUCUUUGACUCACGACGCAGAAGCUAAUGAAGAAGGACUGACUGAGAUCCAGGGAGCAAUGCACUUCGAAGUUCGCUUUGAGAACGAUCAACUUCACAUUCGCCCGAUAUGGCAGACCGAUAAUAUGCUACAACAUACCGUUAAACACACCGUCGAGCAGUUCGCGGACACUAUUAAAGCGUGCCUCGCAUCCCCGGGCGCAUCUAUCGAAGAAAGCUUAAAACCAGUGGAGUGCGACAUCGAGGAAACCUGGCGCAUCAAUCAUGAGCUACCUCCAACGUACAGCUUCGGAACACAUGAAUUAUUCUCCGAGCGCGCUCAGCAAAUUCCCGACAAAGUCGCCAUCGAUUCAUGGGACGGCCAAUUGACUUACGGCGAGAUUGAUCAGUGGUCGUCAUAUGCUGCGUGGAAACUCAAGGAAGAGAUGGGAGUUCAAUUGAACGAUGUACUGCCAGUGUGCUUUGAAAAGUCCAAAUGGACUAUUGUCGCAGUACUUGCAGUCAUGAAGGUGGGCGCGACCUUUGCGCUCAUGGACCCCACUCUCCCACUUGCUCGGCUGCAAAAUAUGGCAAAGCAAGUUGGCGCAAAGGCAAUGGUGUCAUCUAGAGGUCAAUAUGAAUUCUCGUCGGAGAUCAUGCCAAGCGACAAGAUCUUUGUUGUGGAGGCGGAGGCCUUCGCUCAGAUCCCGAAGACGGAAGUCAUCGCCACAUUGCCAACAGUUCCCCCACAGACAUUAAUGUACAUCAUCUUCACAUCUGGAAGUACUGGUACACCGAAGGGUGUCACAAUCUCGCAUGAAACAUAUACCAGCAGUUGCAUUCCUCGAUCCGAAGCAGUUGGCUACAAAGAAGAUUCUCGCGUUCUUGAUUUCGCUUCGUACGCCUUCGAUGUCAGUAUCGACAGUAUGCUUUGCACUUUGACCAAGGGUGGCACUCUCUGCAUUCCAUCGGACGAGGACCGCUUGAAUGAUAUCAAUGAGGUGAUUCGGAACAUGAAAAUCAACUAUGCCGGCAUGACACCUUCCGUGGCCCGUAUUCUGGACCCGGAUGUGAUUAAGUCGCUCACAAAUGGCCUUGGUCUGGGCGGAGAGGCCGUUCCUGCCAGAGACGCCAAUAUCUGGGGCCAGGAUGCCCGUAUCAUUAUUGGAUAUGGUCCCUGUGAGUGCACAAUCGGCUGCACUAUCAACAGCAGUGCUGCCACAGGUAGAGAUUAUCUCUCUAUUGGUCCCGGUAACGGUGCAGCCAUGUGGAUCGUAGAUCCAAAUGAUCACGAUCAGCUUAUGCCGAUCGGCGCUGUGGGCGAAUUGCUCGUUGAGGGACCAAUCGUUGGACAGGGAUACUUGGGCGACCCAGAGAAGACAGCUUCUGUUUUCAUCGAGAACCCCCCUUGGCUCGUCGCUGGAUAUAAGGGCCAUGCGGGUCGCCAGGGACGUCUUUACAAGACGGGUGAUCUUGGACGAUACGAUCCCGAUGGAUCGGGUGGCAUUGUUUUCGCUGGACGAAAGGACACCCAGGUCAAAUUACGUGGUCAGCGUGUUGAGCUUGGGGAGAUUGAGAGUCAACUUCGAGCUAUCUUGCCUGCUGAAUCAAAUGUCAUCGCCGAGGUUAUCGUGCCCCAGGGAACAGGAGGGCAAGCGACACUCAUCGCAUUCGUGACUACUCCAUCAAUGAAAGAGCAGGAUGGUCCCGGUGUCAGCUCUGCAGAGCCUUCUGAUGAUCUGCGCGAGAUUCUGCCUAAGAUCAGCACGGAGCUGGCUAAGGUUGUCCCCCGAUACAUGGUUCCCACUGCCUAUAUUCCUGUCAACGAUAUCCCCGUGUUGAUUUCCGGUAAAACCGAUCGCAAGCAGCUCAGGGCAUUUGGAACCACCAUCGACCUGCGCCAGUUAGACUCUGGCAAUGAAGCUACAGCCAACCGCGAGUUAACCGAUCUGGAAAAGCAGUUGCGCGAUGUCUGGGCCCAAACACUGAAGCUUGACGUGGAAGGCAUUAAGCCCAACGAUAACUUCUUUGCCUUGGGUGGUGAUUCCGUGGCAGCCAUGAAACUCGUAUCUAUCUGCCGGUCUCGGGGCCUUGAUCUUUCUGUUAUUGGCAUGUUUAGCAACCCAUCGCUUGGUGCAAUGGCUAGUGUUAUUGAGACACUGGAUAGUGCAACGGUAACACAGGCCGAAAUCCCUGCGUUCUCGAUGAUUUCCCAGACUUCCGAGAGUGCUUGUGCGGAGGCUUCUGAAGUCUAUGGAUUCAAGAAGACUGCCAUCGAAGAUAUUUACCCUUGCACACCCACACAAGAGUCACUUUUCACAUUUUCUCUCAAAUCUGCCAAGCCGUACGUCGCUCAACGAAUUGCGACUAUCCCCUCUAAUGUUGAGGUCGCUGCUUGGAAAACAGCUUGGGAGAAGGUAGUAACCAACAGUCCUAUCCUGCGCACUCGGCUAGCUCAGCUUCAGGAACCCGGCCUGCAGCAAGUUGUACUACAAGACACUAUCUACUGGAGGGACUCGGAUAAUCUUCAAGAGUACCUGACGAAAGACCGAAAUGACAGGAUGCAGCUUGGAGAUCGUCUUGCCAGAUACGCUAUCGUUCAGGAAGAUGGCAAGACAUACAUGGUCUGGACAAUUCAUCACGUUGUUUACGAUGGAUGGUCUGAACCUUUAGUUCUGCAACAAGUUAGCAAUGCUCUGAAGGAACAUCCCGUUGAGAUCCAAACUCAGAUGCGGGAAUUCGUCAAGUGGGUCAAGGAUACUGACGAGGACGCCAUGGAAGAAUUCUGGAGGCGUGAGUUGAAGAAUGCUGUCGGUCCUCAAUUCCCUCGUCUUCCCUCGAGAGACUUUGUCCCCUUCCCCGAUGGAAAUGUCGAGCAUUCAAUCUCGGUGCAGACAGGCGCCGGGUAUCCUUUUACACUGGCCACCUUGAUCCGUGGUGCUUGGGCGCUCGUCUCCUCCCAAUACUCGGGAAGUGAUGAUGUUGUAUUUGGCGAGACUCUCACCGGUCGCGAUAUUUCUCUUCCUGGAGUCGAGGGUAUCGUCGGACCUUUGAUCGCCACAGUCCCAGUGCGCAUCCGCGUCAACAGACAGACCACCAUCGAGUCUUUCCUCCAAACCGUUCAAUCCGGAGUGCUCGCUCGUACCCCAUACCAGCACAUGGGUAUGCAGAAUAUCCGCAAGGUCAGCCGCGAUGCUCAACAUGCGUGCGAAGCUCCCACCGGUUUGGUCAUCCAGCCCGACCCAGACUCUGCUGCGGUCGGUGAGCUUGGUUUCGAGCUUGGUGAUGUUGUUCGUGAGGCUCUUCACUUCAACCCUUACCCGCUGAUGAUCGGCUGUGGAAUUAAAAAGGGUGGCUUCAGGAUUCGCGCCAACUUUGAUAGCACGCUGGUCAAGUUCUCACAGAUGGAGCGUGUUCUUCAGCAGAUGGAGGCAGUUUGCUUCCAGUUGACCCGGAAUCUAUCAAGGAGACUGGAUGAGAUUUCUUGUAUCCCUUCCACGGAGCUUAAUCACAUUUGGAAAUGGAAUGAGACUCCUCCUUUGUCGGUCGAUGCCCUGACUCGAACGCUUCGUGCCAACUCGAGCAUCAAGGCAGGAUCACCUUAUCCUAAUGCCGUGGUACCCUGGGUGGUAGAUAUUCGAAACCCGUCUCUUCUUUCCCCCAUUGGAUGUGUUGGUGAACUGUGGUUGGAAGGAUCCUUGCUUUCUGGCGAGACCGUAGAUUCUCCAUCAUGGCUGGUGGCUGGAAGCUCGACCUUUGCUGGUCGGACCGGUCAAGUCCAGGCUACAGGAGACAUUGUUCUUCUGCAAGAGGAUGGAAGCUUGUCAUUUGUCGGUCGCAAAGAGAACUUGAUGCCUCUCCAAGGACAUGCAGUGAAUAUUGCAGAACUUGAAACUCACUUCACCAAAUAUCUUCCCCCAACAGUUCGUGCUGCUACUGCAGUUGUUCAAUCGCCCUCGGAAGGCCAGAAGGACCAACAACCAGAGCUAAUUGUUCUGCUUCAGCCGCGCGCUUCUAAGGAGAAGACAGUUGAGAUCAUGGACGAGAAGUACGAGAUUGGAUCAAAGGGCUGCAAAGCGACAACCUGUACAGAUGUUUCUUCCAGCCUUGCUCUGGGACUGAAGAAGCUCGACAAAUUCAUUCACGAUUCUCUUCCCACCUCCUUGGCCCCCUCGGCCUACGUAGUCCUUGAGAAACUGCCAGAAGAGUCUGAAUCAGUUGAUUACCAGACGCUUCUCAACCAGCUGGCCUCCAACAUUCCUGCACAUGUGCUUGAGAAGCUGCGUGAGGGCUUCCAGGAGGCAUGGAAGAAGACCUCAGCACAAGCCAACCUGACUCCCAAAGAGAACAUUCUCCGAACUGCCUGGGCAAAGAUUCUUCGCAUGGAGCCAGAAAAGAUCGAUCUCGACGAUAACUUCUUCCGCUUGGGUGGUGACUCGGUCCUGGCAAUGAAACUGGUCUCCAGUUUGCGUGCACAGGGCCAUGGUUUGACCGUUGCAGAUAUCUUCCAGCAUAUGCGCCUCGGAGAUGCUGCUCGUGUCUUGAAGCUCGACCAGGCUUCCCAGCAGAACAUCAAGCCAUACAUUCCAUUCUCGACCCUGGAUCAGUCCAAUCUCGAUGCAUUCCUUGCCAAUGACAUCCGCCCGAAGUUGGCCAAUCCCGAAUGGUCUAUUCACGAUGUCACCCCGGUCACUGAUUCCCAAAUCGUGGAUAUCAAGGCCACUGUCAACAUCCCUCGCACCGCCAUUCAGUACACCAUGUUGUUCUUUGAUGGAGGUAUUGACCGGGAGAAGCUUUUCCACGCUUGCGAUGAGCUCAUCAAGACCCAUGAGAUUCUGCGUACUGUAUUCGUCGAACAUGAAUCCAAGUUCUACCAGGUUGUUUUGAAAGAAAUGGAAACACCUUUGACCAAGCACUUGGCAGAUGGGGAUCUCGAAAAAUCAGUCAAGGAGGUCUGCGCCGUUCAUGCCGAAUUGGACUACAAGCUUGGCUCAUCCUUCCUGCAAAUUCUGCACGUCGAGGGCCGAAACGGUGACGAGUGCCUCGUCCUAGGCCUUUCCCAUGCUCAAUAUGACGGUGUCUCUCUCCCGAAGGUACUCCAGGAUCUGGAAACAUUCUAUACUGGCGGAGAGAUCACAGCGCAUGAGCCAUUCUCUGUGUACAUGGGUCGCGUUUCCGACGAGCGUGUCCAGAAGACUGCCAUCAACUACUGGGGCAACCUCCUCAAGGGUUCUUCAUUGUCCAUUCUCGAAGGAACAACAGUCAAGCCUGGCGACAAGGGUGUCUUCAAGACGAAGACCGUUGAGAAUGCCCAGCCACUAGAAUACAUCACCACCGCAAACCUUCUCACAGCAGCAUGGGCGCUGGUUCUGGCUCGUCGUCUCCGCAAGUCCGAUGUUACUUUUGGAGGUGUGACUUCUGGUCGAACGAUCGAUUUGCCUAAUGUGGAUAAUAUCGUCGGUCCAUGCUACCAGCUCACACCCAUCCGCGUUCUGUUCGAGUCUCACUGGACGGCUUUGGAUCUGCUGCAAUAUGUGCAGAAGCAGAGUGCCGAGUCAGCGGCGUAUGAUUUCCUCGGGUAUGAAAAGAUUUCUCGAGAGGUGAAUUGGUCAACGGGCCAAUUUUAUGAUUCUCUUGUUCAUCAUCAGGAUUGGGAUGAUUUUGAUACUAUGCCUUUCGCUGGCGGAAUGUGCAAGGUUGACAUUUUGAACCCCCAUGGUGACUCUCCUUACCCGAUGAAGGUUGUUUCAUUCGUGAAGGAGGGCAAGGUCAAUGUUGGUCUUGUUGGAAGUGAGAACGACUCCGUAUUUGUUGAUGAGGCUUUGGAUGAAUUGGCCGCCACUGUUCAGGAACUGAGUGGUCAAAAGGUGGAGGCCUUGCUUGAUGCCGAACUUUUCUAG